AUGGUUAGAUUUGUACCCCCAUGCGUAGUGGCUGUGCGCAUUACUGUUGCUCUGUCCGGAGAACGAGCAGAACGGGAGGCAACGAUGAAGGCGAUGGAGGACGAGUUAAAGACGCAGCAGAGGCAGACAGCCGAACAGCACGGGGCUCUUGUCGCCCUGUUAGCCGAUUUUCAGAGACAGCAGAAAGAGAGCGAAGACCGGAAUAGGAAGGAGAGAGAAAGGCUAGACGCAGACCACGCAGCGUUGCGGCAACUGCAGCUCACACUCAAGGGCGCGGAAGAGCAACAGAGAAGAGCGUUUGAGGAGCUGCGGACAGCCGUCGAUGACGAGAAGCGUGACCUCAUGAGGAAGACUCAAGCCAAGGAAUUUGAGCUGAAAGAACGCGAACACAGACUUGAAAUUGCGCAAAGGCGACUAGAAAGUCAGCAGCGGGCUGUCGAUGCUGCAACGCGAGGAGUCGAGGAAACACGCGCUCGAGCAGCAGCGCGUCUCAGGGAAGUUGAAGGAGAAGUAUUCACCGAGAGGAAGCUCGCUCUCCGCGACUUGGAGGCUGCUGAGCAGGAGCGGCGACAGUUGCAGCAGACGAAACAAGAAAUCAGCCUGCUGCAAGAGGACCUGGAUCGUCGACGGCAAGUGGUUGAGGAGGAAGGGCAGAAAAACCUGACGCGUCUUGUCCAAGUGCAGAGAAAAGAAGCAGAAAUCAAACGCCUGCAUGCAGAGGCAGUCGAGGCACGUGCCCAGGCAGAGCUACGCGCGAUGCAGGCCGAGCAGGAAAGCAGCAAAUGCGAAGAGAGGCUUCAACACGUCCAGGCCCUCUCCAAAUUCGUGCAGAAAGAGCAGCUGGACCUUCUCCGCCUCGAGAACCGCUUCCUCGACCCGCAAACUUCCUUGGUCUCUCUCUCUUCCUCGUCACUUCCCUCAAGAGCAAGUGGCGUCUCGCGUGCGCUUCGUGCAUCUCAGCCUUUGGAUUUGACGCAUGACUGUCGUCAGACAAACAUGUUUUUCCGGGGUCGAUCCUACUCGUUUUCUUCUUCGUUUCCUCCCUCUCUUCUUCUUCCGUCUGCUCAGUCCUCCCGUCUCUCGGCUUCGCUGCCUCUCAACUCUGGCGCUGCGUCGCGACCCUGGAGAGAAGAGAGAGAAGCAGCGAGAGAGGGCGCCUUUUGGAGCCUUCCACAAGGCGUCCGCGAGCGGGUGUCUGGGGUGUCUGCACAUCCCGUCACGUCUUCUGCUUAUCGCCGGUCGCCUUCUGCUGCUUCCUCCAGCGAGUCAACGAUUUUGCCUCCGUUUCUUCUCCAGGCAUUUCUGCGAACACCUUCGCGUCUGAGCAUUCGAACUUCGGCUGUCUCGACAGCGCAGCCGCCAACGAGCCGCGGAAGCUCCUUUCUGGAGGGCGCGACAGACUCAUGCCCCUCGGGUCUCCUCUCGUGCGUUUCCUCCGUUUCUCCCUUCUUCGAGAGUCGGGCCAACAGCGCAGGGCAUUUUGCGUUGCAGAGAGUCUCCCACAAGGGAAGUGGGGAGUCCGAUUUGCACAACUCGAGUGCGACGCGCUUCUGGACACGCAGGCGGUCGCACUGUCAAGGGGAAGAGCGGAAGGCAAACGCUUCUUCUGGAUCUUCUCUUGCGCUCAGACGCCCUUCGUCUUCCUUCGCCUCGCGAGGCGGCGGCGCUGACCACAGAGAAGAGAGAAGAGGCUACGAGCAAGCCCUGCUUGCUCGCAUCGACCUCGCGACAGCGGGGGAAUUCCGGCCGCCUCGAAGGCGUCACAGCUUCCGGGAGAGAGAACAAGGAGUCCGCGAAAGAGAAGAGGACUUGACGCGAGGCGAGCGAGGAGAAGGAGUCAAAGUGGAGAUACGAGAAAGACGCACAGACGCCGGAACGGCACAGUCCAACCUGCGACCGGGGUUUCUUCGAUUCCCCGAGGUUCGAGAAGCUUGUAGAUGCCGCAGAGACGCUGGCGGCACGACGACAGGACCUGAGUGAGAGGAUUGAAUUCCAUCGGAGUUAUACAAGAAACUUAGAGUCUCUUUACCAGCAGCAAUGGUAAGCGAGGCGAAUGAGCCAACUUUCUCACUGGAGAAUGAAGGAAGUUGAGACGUCUCUGAGACAGCUUUAGAAAUAUCUCAGAUAGAUCCCUCUUUCGUUCUGUAUUUCUUUCGGAAUCUCUCGUGGUCGCCCUCUUUAUCAUUUCGUUCUCCUCGGUUCCCCCUUGCUGUCUCUCUCUUGUCUUCCUUUUCCUUGUCUCGUCUUCCUUCCAUGGUUCUCCCCAUCUCUUCUGUUUAUCUGUCUCAAUCCCUUGCGUGGUUUUUUGUCUUUUUCGUCUGCAGGUUGCAGACACCAAAUGGGGAGAAUCAUGGAUUGGCCACUCCGUCUUCAACUUUGCAGCCCUUUCCACAUGCCCCAGGCAAGGAAGCGAAACGGCAGCGAAGCUUAAAAGUUGUUUGACUUCACGAUUUUAUUCGAUUUCUAUGCACACACAGAGUUCAGUGACUCAUCGCGACACGAAGGUGCCGUCGAUUCACGUUUUCUUCUCUAUUGUGGCCCUUACGUCCGCUACUCCUCAAUCUCGUGGGCAGGCUUCGAGGGCUUCUUUUUGCGGCGAAACCCUUAAAGUUUCUGUCCGCAAUAGUCUUCUCAUUCUUCUCUUGGAAAUUCCUGUGCAUCUUCUGCCUCUCAUUUAGCUCCCCACAUGCAGUGCAUAGUCCUCCACAUCUGCAUAUGCACACGUACAUAUAUGACUACAUAUAUAUAUAUAUAUAUAUAUAUAUAGAUAGAUAGAUAUAUGAUUAUAUAUGUUUUUCUUGAGUGAAGCCACAUACUGAAGAAUCCAUACUACAUAUGUAUCUACUUGCACAUGAGUAACUGAACAAAAGGGUAAGAAAUGUUCUGCCGUUUGAUUCAUGGGCACGCAUGAGCCUAUCGUUACGACAAUGUCUGCGGAGACCUCCAUGCUCUAGGUGUCGAUCUCGAGCCAGAGAGACACGAGGAAGCUGUACUGGUGUCUGAGACAGUUGUGUGUCCCGGGGAAAGGAACCUGGACUUGGUUUGCAUGCAUCGAAGGGACCAUUUGCAGAAAAAUGAUGGAUUGUAUUGUGGCCGCAAAAAGAAGACCCAACAAAUCCUUCGAGAGCCGUUUCCCUUAUUUGCCAAAUUCCAUGUUUCAGGACUCGAGACAGACCGACGACUUGAACCGGAGAAUAGCGCACCAUCCUCCUGUUCCUCCUCCCUGAAAAGUCUUUCCUCUGUUCCUCUCUUAUCCUGACUGAGUUAGUAGCUUUGCAGUUCGCCAAACUUGUCUAGAGAGUGUGGUAUUCUGUCUUGCCGGCGUACCGGUUCUCUCUUUUUGUCUCUUCUCAGUGGCCGCGUUCUUCGGGGCACUCGUGCGAAGCCGUAUGUGUUGCUUUCUGCAUAGUCUUGCAAAUCCCUUGCUGACACGAAACAACACGACUUUCGGAUCGACGCCAGUCGCCCACGUGGCAGGCUCCGAACAUGCCGC